AAAGAAGCCGCUGGUGGCCAGUGCCACCUACGAACUAAAAUCAGUCUCUCGAGUAAAUUUGUAGACGUGAUAUGGUUACGGAAACUCUUUAUUCGAGAAUUUUUGCAGAGUAGUAUUGGUUUUAGAUAACAGUUUACAGAAUAACCGAUAAGAUUGUGUUACAUAUAUUCGUGUUACCGUUAAAUAGCUAGGGGUGUGGCGACAGGCGCGAGACUUCUUCCGGCACAAUGACGCAGAUAUGUAGUUUGUUUAACCGAUCGUUAUCUCAAGCAGAAAAGUGUUCGAUCAGUGUAUGUUAGCUACUCUUUUACGGAGGAAUUGUUGGUGACGUACAAAUGGAUAAUAUAUUGCCGGAAGUAAUUAUUACAUGAUUGGUGUUGAGAAACUAUGGGAUAUACGAGCUCAAAUAUUUUGCGUGCACGCGUGUCGUGGAAUGAUAUAUGCAGCUAUAACCUCCAAGAUGAUAAUACAAUUCCGAACUACGUCACUGUCUGCUUGAAUAACAUAGAGAAAUUAUUAAGUUCUUUCUCGACUCUAGACUACAUUCGAGUUUUACAAUUUAUUUUUCAAUGUAAUUUAACCGAAAGAAAUAUGAAAUAAUACUGACUUUAUAACCUUGAAUCGUUUGAUCGUAUCAUUAAUUCGGUAUCUACGUGUUAGAUUGUGUUAGUAAUCGUAUUGUCGUAUCGCGUGUUAAAUAUGGAUCGAAGUAUCAAAGAGAAGUGAUGUGAAAGACAUUUCAUUUAGCAACCGGCAACAUGGAAAUAGUGGGUACAGAAGUGAUACGAUGGUUCAACGAACUCAGAUCUUGGUUUCAUCUUUAUUUGUACACUCAAAAUCUUGGUCCCAUAAGAGCGGAAAAUGGUGGAUCUCAAGGUGACGAUCAACGGUCUUCGCACCGACAUGACAGUAGUGAAGAGAGGGUGGUUUUCAUAAAUGCUCCCCAUCAACCAGCAAAAUACAAAAACAAUCGCAUUACUACCGCAAAGUACUCACUUCUUUCGUUUGUACCUAUGUUUCUUUUUGAACAGUUUCGUCGAUACAGUAAUUGCUUCUUCCUAUUCAUCGCCCUCAUGCAGCAAAUACCGGAUGUAUCACCUACGGGUCGAUACACAACUUUGGUUCCAUUAAUUUUUAUUCUUAGUGUAUCUGCAUUAAAAGAAAUAAUUGAAGAUAUUAAAAGGCACAGAGCAGAUGAUGAAAUAAAUAUGCGUGAAGUGGAGGUUUUAAGGGAUGGCCAUUGGCAAUGGAUACAGUGGAGAAAUAUUGCUGUUGGGGACGUGGUCAAGGUUCGCAACAACAAUUUCUUCCCUGCUGACUUGAUCUUAUUAUCAUCAUCGGAGCCACAGGGCAUGUCUUUCAUAGAGACUGCCAAUUUGGAUGGAGAAACAAAUCUAAAGAUACGACAAGCCCAUCCUGACACUGCCAGUCUCUUAGAUACUGUGGAAUUAAUGAAUUUUCAUGCAAAUAUUCAAUGUGAACCACCAAACAGGCAUCUGUAUGAGUUUCAUGGAGUAUUGCGGGAAACUAAUAAACAAUCUGUAGCUUUGGGACCUGAUCAAGUAUUGCUUCGUGGUGCAAUGCUAAGGAAUACACGUUGGGUGUUUGGUGUAGUAAUCUAUACAGGCCAUGAUACAAAACUUAUGCAAAAUAAUACUACAACUGCACCCUUAAAAAGGUCUACUUUGGACCGACUGACUAAUACACAAAUACUCAUGUUAUUCUUUAUACUUCUUUUGCUGUGCCUUCUAUCUGCAAUAUUUAAUAUUCUUUGGACUAAGGCUAAUAGUCACGGAUUAUGGUAUUUAGGUUUACAAGAGGAAAUGACUAAAAACUUUGCUUUUAAUCUUUUAACAUUUAUUAUUUUAUUUAAUAAUUUAAUACCCAUUUCAUUGCAAGUCACAUUGGAAGUAGUAAGGUUUGUCCAAGCUACAUUUAUUAAUAUGGAUAUUGAAAUGUAUCACGCAGAAACAGACACACCAGCAAUGGCUCGUACGAGUAAUCUUAAUGAAGAGCUUGGUAUGGUUAAUUAUGUGUUUACUGAUAAAACUGGAACUCUUACAAGAAAUGUAAUGGAGUAUAAACGAUGUUCAAUUGGUGGCAAAUUGUAUGAUUUGCCAAAUCCAGAUUUAGAUGAUAAUGGAGAUGGUAGUAGUAUUAAUAGUGAGUUAGUUAAAGAUAUUGUUGAAGGGAGAUCAGUACAAGAUUCUACUCGUCCAGUUGAUAAAAAGGCAGCAAAUCACUCAAAAGUAGUACAUGAAUUUAUGAUUAUGCUUUCAGUAUGUCAUACUGUUAUUCCUGAGAAGAUUGAUAACACUAUAAUUUAUCAUGCUGCAUCUCCAGAUGAAAGGGCAUUAGUAGAUGGGGCACGUAAAUUUAAUUACGUAUUCGAUACUAGAACACCCGCAUAUGUGGAAGUAAUAGCUCUGGGUGAAAGACUUCGUUAUGAAAUAUUAAAUGUAAUAGAAUUUACUUCAGCUAGGAAAAGAAUGUCUGUAAUUGUAAAAACACCAGAAGGAAAAAUUAAACUUUUUUGCAAAGGAGCUGAUUCUGUUAUUUAUGAAAGAUUAUGUCCAGUUUCUUUAGAGAACAGUGAGCCCGAACAGAGUAGUUCGGAUGAUUUUAGAGAUAUAACUUUAGAACAUUUGGAAGCAUUUGCAUCCGAAGGUUUAAGAACACUUUGUUUUGCUGUUGUUGACAUACCUGACAACUUUUAUCAGUGGUGGCGUGAAACUUAUCACAAUGCAACAAUUAGUAUAGGAAAUCGUGAAAGCAUGAUCGAAAAUGCAGCGAAUCUUAUUGAAACAAAAUUAAGAUUACUAGGGGCAACUGCUAUUGAAGAUCAAUUACAAGAUCAAGUACCAGAAACAAUACAGGCUCUUUUACAAGCUGACAUUAAUGUAUGGGUAUUAACUGGAGAUAAACAAGAAACUGCUAUAAAUAUUGGAUAUUCUUGUAGAUUGAUUACACAUGGAAUGCCAUUGUAUAUUAUUAAUGAAUCGUCUUUAGAUAAAACAAGAGAAGUUAUAAUACAGCGCUGUCUUGAUUUUGGAAUAGACUUGAAGUGUCAAAAUGAUGUUGCUCUUAUUAUAGAUGGAAAUACAUUAGAUUAUGCAUUAUCCUGUGAUAUUAGGAUGGAUUUUCUGGAUUUAUGUUCGUCUUGCAAAGUUGUUAUUUGUUGUAGAGUUUCUCCAAUGCAAAAGGCUGAGGUGGUUGAUUUAAUUACAAGUAAUAAAAAAGCUGUAACACUUGCAAUUGGAGAUGGUGCAAAUGAUGUAGCCAUGAUUCAAAAAGCCCAUAUUGGAGUUGGAAUUUCUGGCGUUGAAGGUCUUCAAGCAGCUUGUGCUUCUGAUUAUUCUAUUGCGCAGUUUCGUUUUUUGAAGCGCUUACUAUUUGUUCAUGGUUCAUGGAAUUACAGUAGGAUGUGCAAAUUAAUAUUAUACUCAUUCUAUAAAAAUAUUUGUCUAUAUGUCAUUGAACUAUGGUUUGCUAUUUAUUCCGGUUGGUCCGGACAAAUCCUUUUUGAGCGAUGGUCAAUUGGUCUUUAUAAUGUUGUAUUUACAGCAGCACCUCCAUUGGCUAUGGGACUUUUUGAUAAAGUAUGUUCUGCAGAAACUCAUUUAAGUCAUCCAGGGUUGUACGCUACAAAAAAUACUGGGGAAUCAUCAUUCAACAUUAAGGUAUUUUGGAUUUGGAUAGCAAAUGCUUUAAUACAUUCGUCUCUUCUUUAUUGGUUAUCAUUAAUGGCUUUGAAAGAAGGUGUAGUAUGGGCAAACGGUCGAGAUGGCGGUUAUAUUGUUCUAGGAAAUUUUGUAUACACAUAUGUUGUAGUGACAGUAUGUGGAAAAGCAGGGUUGAUAACAAACUCCUGGACAUGGGUUACUCAUCUAGCAACAUGGGGAUCUAUUGUGCUUUGGUUUUUAUUUAUUUUUAUAUAUAGUAAUUUUUGGCCUGCUUUAAAUGUGGGUGCAGUGAUGUUGGGUAAUGAUAGGAUGCUGUUUUCUUCACCUGUAUUUUGGCUGGGUUUGGUACUUAUACCAUCAGCAGUACUACUUCUGGAUAUUACAGUUAAAGCAGUAAAGAAUACAGUUUGGAAGUCCGUAACUGCAGCAGCUAGAGAAAAUGAGAUUCGUAAAUCUGACCCCGGGGAUAUAUUCAACAGCCAUGAUUACAGAAGCUCAUUGACGGAGACGGCGCGGCUACUGAAAAACGUAAAAAGUGUUUUCUCCAGGCGAUCAAACGCCGCCUCCAGAGUUAAUGUCGAGGUGGAGCUGUCACAUGGAUUUGCGUUCUCUCAAGAGGAAGGAGGCUCGGUGACACAAACGGACGUGAUCAGAGCUUACGAUACAAAUCUUCCGAAACCUGGCGGCAUGUGAUCUUAAUUCUUCUAGCUAGAAAAACUACACAGAUGUAUAUUCUAUAUAUAGAUACUUUUUUCGACUAACGAAACUAUGUAAAAGAAAGAAAAAUCAAAAAAAAAGAAAAAAAAAUGGAAAAAAUAAGAAGAAAAAGGAAAAGAAGAGAGGAAAGAAGGGAGGUAAAGUUCUUCUGGGAAUUUUGGUACUCGCCAAGCCCUACGUAACGCCUGUCGAACGUGUUUCAUGACUGAUUCGAUCUUUCGGUUGUACUUUCCUCGGGAAAGGAAGAUCUGGAUGAUGGGCCUUGUAACAAAUAGUAUUAGAAAGACUAUCAAACGACAAUUCUAAGGACAAAGUAUUCCUUCUUUGAAAUCAUUAAGGUUACUCGCGACUAAAAAAGGAAACAAAGAGAAACUCUAACGAUACCCUAGAUAAUUGUUUUUGAUACUCUGUGAGAUUUAUUAUAUUUAUUAUAUACCUCGAACCUCGUCACGUGAAAGCUCGCACUUCUGAUAAUCAUCAUAACGACUAUCGUUGCUGUCUUGUGCAUUUAGAUGCAGUGCAUUUCCAAAAGCAUUUUGUGUAAGUUUGGAAUUUCGUAAGAAUCAGUACGCACCACCGAAUCCCUUGGAUCUAUGUUUCAUUUCCGUAGUUUAACGGGGACGCAAUUUCGUUUUAUCGAAUUCAAUGAUCUUGAGAAUCGAACGACAAAUGAAAAGAUUCGUUUGUGUGACCGGCGAUACGUAAGGCGAUAUAGAAUUCAACUUUCGACCGCGAACACAAACAUUACCUAUAUUCUAAAUAUGUCUUAUCAAAAAACGUAAAAGAAAGUAUCGGUAUGAUUAUUAUUCGAGUAUAUCGUUAUCGAGUAAGAGACAAAUUAGCGCUCUGUUGAUUGUCGCGAUUUUAGACGUUAAAAGAAUAUUGUUCUCAACUGAUUCUAAGUUAUUCGAUUGUAUCGUUUUGUCCUUUUCUAUUUAAUUUUAAUUUACGUUGACUGCAUAUUUUACGAUUGUACAUACGAUAGUUGCAUCGUUAUCUAGUCAAAGAAUUUGAUGUAGAUAUUUUACGUUCAGAGAUUUACUCUUCCGGCCAUCAUGAACGCUCUUU